AUGGCGAAAAGCAAGCUCAAGGCCGCACUCGACAAUGAGAAAGGUCGCAACAUCAAGCUCGAGAAGCAGCGCAAGAAGGAGAAAGAGGCGCGGAAGCGCAAAGAAAAGAACAAGCCAGAGGUCGAUGAUGACGACUCUGAAGAAGACGGAGGCGUUCCCCUGGACGAGGUCGAGGUGAAGGUGAAGGGCAAGAAGAAGGACUCGACGAAGCCCAAGAAGGCUAGCAAAUCUGCGCCCGCCGUCAAGGAACCCGACUGGGAGACCGAAGGCAGCGAAGACGAAGACGCCAGCGAUGAUGACGACGAUAUGCCCGAGCGACGUGCGCUCGACCUUUCACAUCUGGAGGACAGCGAGAGCGACAUCAGCUCUGACGAGGAGGAGAUGCGCGAGCAGGAGCGCGAGGACGACGACGAAGAUGCGGAGGAUGAUGAAGAUGAGGAUGACAUCCCGCUCUCCGACAUCGAGUCGCUAGCUUCGGAAGACAAGGGCGACAUUAUCCCACACCAGCGCCUAACAAUCAACAACACCGCCGCCCUGACCGCCGCACUCAACCGCAUACAACUUCCCUACUCCAAGCUCGCCUUCUCAGAAUACCAAUCUGUCGUCACCGACGAGCCCGUCGAGAUCGACGAUGUCGAAGACGACCUCAACCGCGAACUCGCAUUCUACAAGCAAUGUUUAUCGGCCGUCAAGGACGCGCGCUCCAAGCUCAAAAAAGAGGGCGUAGGCUUCUCACGACCAGCAGACUACUUCGCUGAAAUGGUCAAGAGCGACGAGCACAUGGGCAAGAUCAAGCAGAAGCUGAUCGACGAGGCUGCAGGCAAGAAAGCGUCCGCCGAGGCACGCAAGCAGAGAGAUCUGAAGAAGUUCGGCAAGCAAGUCCAGGUCGCGAAAAUGCAGGAGCGCGCGAAGGAGAAGCGCGAGACUAUCGACAAGAUCAACACCCUCAAGCGGAAACGACAAGGUGCUGAGAUUGGCAACACGCAUGAAGAAGAUCUUUUCGACAUUGCCCUCGAUAACGACACAAAGCCCUCCUCCGGCGAGAAGGGUCGUGACGGUAAGCGCGAUACUAAGCGCGCAAAGAAGGACCAGAAGUUCGGCUUUGGCGGAAAGAAGAGGCACGCGAAGAGCAACGACGCCAAGUCGAGUGCGGACGGCAGUGGGUAUUCGGUCAAGAAGAUGAAGGGCGGCACGGCGAAGAGGCCGGGCAAGAGUGUCAGGAUGAAGAAGAGGUAAAUAUGCUAUGCGCAGGGGAGGUGUACGAUGUUGCAUGUGCAUGGCGCUUGGGCGUUGGGGCAAAAGCAGAUAGAGCUGCGCGUGUGCAUCAAUCAUAUCAGGUUCAUUUG